AUGGCAAGCUUCUUCAACCGGCCAUCGUACACGCCGUCCUGGCAACAGCGCAUCUACCCCGUCCGCGAACCCUCGUUCGCACAACCCUCUGCUUCCCCUCCUCAGGCUCCCGCCGCAUCGCCUGCCUCGACCACAUCUACCGCACCCGCGCGCGACGCCCCUCCGCCCGUCUACUUCCCCGGACCCAACAGGCGGCGCUCGACAGGCCCUCACUCCCCUUCUGCUUCACACGACGCCGACCUCCCUCCAGGCCACAUCCCCUCGAUCAACACCGCCUCGACCUCUUCCUGCGUCAUCAAGUGGGCUUAUCACCCUUCUGCGCCUGAGGCAGUCGGCGGGAAAGGCAGGUGGGACAAGCGACUGAGGGUCGGGGAGAUAUGGAGGGCAUUGAGGGGUGAGAGGGAGAAGUUGUGGAAUCGCUGGCCGCGCGAGUUCGGGGGCGACGAAACGGCGCCGUGGGAGGUCGAGGCGGAGUCUGGAACUGUGGCGCGAGAGGCGCGCGACGAGGAAUCGCAAGUCUCGAGGCGCCGUUCGACACGGAGCACGAUCUCGCUCUCCGCUCUCCGUCGAUCUACAACAGCCGACUCCGGCGUCGCCCUCACACCGCACGCAUCGCGUUCCUCCCCCCUCUCGUCCGACCCUCACCCGCUCGUCCCACUCUUCAAAUCCCGCAUCGCCGACUUGAACCAAACGAUUCCCGACUCGCUCGCCAUCACGCGCGUGUGGCUCGCAUUGGUCGAACUGAUGGACUAUGUGUGGCUGGUGGCGUUGGUGGUGGCGUUGGGACAGGGAGGGGGGAAACAGACGGGGUUUCUGAAGGGUGUCGAGAUCGCCCUGGUCCUGAUAAUCCUCCUCAACGGUCUCGCCAUCAACGCCGUCCGCAUGCGCCGGUACACGCUCUCCACCCUCCUCCGCGCCCGAACGCGCGACUGGUCCCCCCUCCCCAUCACAUCUUCCACCAACGCAGGACUGAUGAGGAAUUACCUGGAUGGAGAGGCAGAGAGGGGGAGGACGGAGAGUAUGGCACCGAAGGAGGGUCCGGUGUUGAGGUGGAGGUUGAGGGAGACGGAGGGAGGAUACUGGCUCGCCUAUCGCCCCAUCAUACGAUGCGAACUCGUCAUCCCUUCGUCAUACUCUUUCCAUGCGCUCGCCGCGGCAGCGGCGGCGGGAGAGGCGGGUGGAGCGGGAGGCGCAGAAGGAGGAGGAGGAGCGGAGCCGCCGAGGUAUGAGGAGGCGUGA